AUGCUGCUCCCGAAGGGACAAUUGUUAUUCAGGGAUGUGGCCAUAGAAUUCUCUCAGGAGGAGUGGAAAUGCCUGAACCCUGGGCAGAAAGCUUUAUACAGGGAUGUGAUGUUAGAGAACUACAGGAACCUGGUCUCCCUAGAUAUCACUUCCAAAUGCAUGAUAAAGGAUGUCUUGUCAACAGGGCAGGGCAAUAUGGAAGUGUUCUACACAGGGGCAUUGCAAAGACAUGUAAGUCAUCACAUUGGAGAUUUUUGCUUCCAGGAUAUUGAGAAAGAAAUUCAUGACAUUGAUUUUCAGUGUCAAGAAGAUGAAAGAAAUGGCCAUGAAGCACCCAUGACAAAAAUUAAAAUCUUGACUGGUAGUACAGACAGUUAUGAUCAAAGGCAUGCUGGAAACAAGCCUGUUAAUGACCAGCUUGGAUCAAGCUUUUAUUCGUAUCUGCCUGAACUCCACUUAUUUCAGAUCAAAGGUAUAAUUGCUAAUCAACUUGAGAAAUCUACUAAUGAUGCUCCCUUGGAUUCAGCAUCCCAAAGAAUUUCUUGUAGGCCUCAAAUCCGUAUUUCUAAUAACCAUGGGAAUAAUUCCCUAACUUCUUCAUUACUCACAGAAGAACAGGAAGUACACAUGAGAGAAACAUCUUUCCAAUGUAAUGAGAGUGACAAAGCCUUUACUUAUAGCUCACUCUUAAGGAAACACGAGAUAAUCAAUUUAGGAGACAAACCAUAUAAACGUGAUGUAUGUGGCAAGCUCUUUCAUCACAAGCAGUACCUCGCAUGCCAUCAGAGAUGCCACACGGGUGAGAAACCUUACAAGUGUAAUGAGUGUGGCAAGUCCUUCAGUCAGGUGUCAUCCCUUACAUGCCAUCGUAGACUUCAUACUGGAGUGAAAACUUACAAGUGUAAUGAGUGUAGCAAGAUCUUUGGUCAAAAUUCAGCCCUUGUAAUUCAUAAGGCAAUUCAUAGUGGAGAGAAACUUUACAAGUGUAAUGUAUGUGGGAAGGCUUUUAAUCAACAGUCACACCUUUCACAUCAUCAUAGACUUCAUACUGGAGAGAAACCUUGCAAACGUGAAGAAUGUGAGAACGUUUUCAGCCAGAAAUCAACCCUUGAGACACAUAAGAGAAUUCAUACUGGAGAGAAACCAUACAAAUGUAAGGUUUGUGACACAGCUUUCACGUGUAAUUCACAGCUGACUUGGCAUAGAAAAAUUCACACUACAGAGAAAACUUACAAGUGUAAUGAGUGCGGCAAGACCUUCAGUCGCAGGUCAUCCCUUCUACGCCAUCAUAAACUUUAUAGUGGUGAGAAACCUUACAAGUGUAAUGAGUGCAGCAAGACCUUCAGUCGCAAGUCAUACCUUGUAUACCAUCUUACACUUCAUACUGGAGAGAAAUCUUACAAAUGUAUGGUUUGUGACAAGGCGUUGGUGCGUAAUUCAGACCUUACAGGACAUACUAGAAUUCACAGUGCAGAGAAACCUUACAAGUGUAAUGAAUGUGGGAAGGAUUUUAAUCGACAAGCCCACCUUUCCCGUCAUCACAGACUUCAUACUGGAGAGAAGCCUUACAAAUGUAAAGUUUGUGACAAGGCUUUCACGUGUCAUUGCUAUCUGGCAAACCAUGCUAUAAUUCAUACUGGAGAGAAACCUUACAAGUGUAAUGAGUGUGGCAAGACCUUCAGUUACAAGUCAUCCCUUGUAUGGCAUCGUAGACUUCAUGGUGGAGAGAAAUCUUAAAAAUGUAAGGUUUGUGACAAGGCUUUCAUAUGUCAUUCCUAUGCAGCAAAACAUACUAGAAUUCAUAGUGGAAGGAAACCUUACAAGUGUAAUGAGUGCAGCAAGACCUUCAGUCUGAGGUCAAACCUUGUAUGCCAUCGUAGAGUUCAUAGUGGUGAGAAACCUUACAAGUGUAAUGAGUGCAGCAAUAUCUUCCGUCACUGGAUAUCCCUUGUAUGCCAUCGUAGACUUCAUACUGGAGAGAAAUCUUACAAAUAGGUUUGUGACAAGGCUUUUGUGCGUAAUUCAUACCUGACAAGACAUACUAGAAUUCACACUGCAGAGAAACCUUACAAGUGUAAUGAAUGUGGGAAGACUUUUAAUGAACAAUCACACCUUUCAUGUCAUCAUAGAACUCAUACUGGAGAGAAACCUCACAAAUGUGAAGCACGUGACAAAGUUUUCAGUCACAAAUCACACCUUAAAAGACAUAUGAGAAUUCACACUGGAGAGAAACCUUACAAGUGUUAUGAGUGUGGCAAAACCUUUAGUGAUAGGUCAACACUUAUUCACCAUCAGGCAAUUCAUGGUGUAGGGAAACUUGACUAA